AUGAACUACGUGGGACAUCUUGCUGAGACAGUCUUUGUCACCAUGAAGGAGCUGUACCGGGGCCUGAACCCUGCCACCCUGACAGGCUGCAUCGAUGUGGUGGUGGUGAGACAGCCUGACAACUCCUUCCAGUGCUCCCCGUUCCACGUGCGCUUCGGGAAGCUGGGGGUGCUGCGCUCCAAGGAGAAGGUGGUUGACAUUGAAAUCAAUGGGGAGCCAGUGGACCUGCAGAUGAAGCUGGGUGACAAUGGAGAGGCUUUCUUUGUCCAGGAGUCAGAGGAGAAUGAGGGCAGCAUCCCCUCCUGCCUCUGCACGUCCCCCAUCCCCAGUGAGGAGAGCCUGGAGGAUGCUGGUCCUUCCUCCUGUGGGCAGGAGCCCUCAGGUGCCGAAGCCGCCCUGCGCAAGAGGCGGCGGCGCAGGAGGAAGCUCAAGAGGAAGGAGGUGGUGGACUCUGAACUAGAAUGCUGUGAGGAGACCAAAAAGGAGGUGUCUGUGGAGGAGCCGUGCAAGCUGCCAGCUCCCAGUGAUUCAGUGUAUUUCUCCUUCCCUGACCUCCCCAGAGAAGAAAUGGGGUCAUCAGAGUCCCCAGUGAUGCACCCAUACUCUGAUGGGGAGCUGGUCUCUGUGGACAGCCCUACCCUGAGCCAUCCAUCUUCUGCCAGAAGUGACUCUGAGCUGGAGAUCAAACUACAGGAGGGUUUUGCUCUAGGAGCUGAAUCCCACAUGCAAUGGACCUGGGGAAGGCUCCCUCAGGUGAAUAAACUGGAACGAGUUGAACCAGCCAAGUUCACAAAGACCUUGGCUACUGCAGCAACUACUGUCUCUGCAACACCAGCAAGCCACCUUGUUGCCUCCUCUGGAGGAUCCACCAAGAGAAGUCCUCAUUUGGGUCCCAGUGAUGUUUACCUGGAAGACCUCUCCAGCCUGGAUGAGGAGCAGGUGGCUCUCUAUUUCCCCAGGAGUGACACGGAGCAGAGUUCAAAGCCUGUGGCAGACCCCAACAAGCCUCUGUGUGUCCAGCUGCCAUCUGACUUGCCUGCUCCCAGCCCCAUGGACUCAGACUCAGAUUUCAUGCCUGCAAUUGCCCUGUCUCUGUGUGGGGGCCUGGGGGGCAGCAGGGAGAUCUCUUAUGAAAAGUUCAUGGAGCACGUGGUCACCUACCAGCAGUUUGCUGAGAAUCCAGGACUCAUUGAUGACCCAAACCUGGUGAUAUUGAUUAACAGAAAGUAUUACAACUGGGCAGUGGCUGCUCCCAUGGUCCUGUCUCUGCAGGCUUUCCAGAGGAACAUUCCAGAGGGCACCAUUGAUCAACUGGUGAAGGAGAAGAUGCCCAAGAAAGGCAGCAGGUGGUGGUUCUCCUGGAGGAGGAGAGAAUUCCCAGCAGAGGAGGUGCUGGCAGUGCAGUUGAGGCCAGGGAAUGCCAACGUGGAGACACUGCAGCAUGACCCUGCUGAGCAGAGGCGGGAAGAGGUGCCAUCCAGUGAUGAGCCCCUGCACCCUGGGGAGAUGUUGGCAGAGGAUGCCCCUGCACAGAAAUCUCAGCCAACCUACAAGAAGUCACUGCGACUCUCCUCUGAGCAAAUUGGAAGGCUGAACCUGCAGGAUGGCCCCAACGAGGUGGCAUUCAGUGUGACAACUCAGUACCAGGGCACGUGCCGCUGCGAGGCCACCAUCUACCUGUGGAACUGGGAUGACAAGGUGGUGAUCUCUGACAUCGAUGGCACCAUCACCAAGUCAGAUGCUCUUGGGCACAUCUUGCCACAUCUGGGAAAAGACUGGACUCAACAUGGGAUUGCUAAGCUCUUCCACAAAAUCCACCUGAACGGGUACAAGUUCCUCUACUGCUCAGCCAGAGCCAUUGGCAUGGCACACAUCACCAAGGGGUACCUCAAGUGGGUCAACGAGCAAGGCUGUGUCCUCCCCAAGGGCCCCAUCCUGCUCUCCCCCAGCAGCCUCUUCUCUGCCUUCCACAGGGAGGUGAUAGAGAAGAAGCCAGAGGUGUUCAAGAUUGCCUGCUUGAUGGACAUCCAAAGCUUGUUUGCCACGAAGCUGCCCUUCUACGCAGCCUUUGGGAACAGAGCCAAUGAUGUCUAUGCUUACAAGCAAGUGGGCCUGCCCGAGAGCCGGAUAUUCACUGUCAACCCCAAGGGUGAGCUGAUCCAGGAGCUCACAAAGAACCACAAAUCGACGUAUGAGCGGCUAUCAGAGCUGGUGGAGCUGAUCUUCCCUCCCCUGGAGCAGAGUGGGAGCAUUGCCCUGGUGUGCCCAGAGUACAGCCACUUUGCCUACUGGAGACCUCCUCUGCCUGCUGUUGACUUGGAUGUCUUCUCCUGA